GGAAUUCAGUCUCUCCCAGCCUCCACACGUCUCCACAGGAAACCAGCGCUAAUCGCGCGAGCGGCUACGCUACGCGCUCACCAUCUGCUGUACUGUAAACUAACAGGGGAGAGGCCACUGAACCGUCACUGAGGACCUGACCGCCACUAGGACAGCAUUGGGGGGAGAGCUGACUGCUCAUAACACCAAGGCGUCCAGAUGCUGAAAACUUGCUGAGAGGGUAACAAACACUGGAGGGGAAGAUGUAAACCUUCUCAUUACAUUUGGAAGGAAAAGAAUCAAAGGAAAAGACAUGAAGAAAUCACUGCUGGUGUUACUGAUCGCACUUGUGUUACCGACGCUCUCGAUUCAAGACAAAGACGAUCGGCGAAAACAUGGCAAAAAUGGCUCCGGCUGCCCUCUCAACCCGAGAACCUACAACGGGCAGAGAAUCUUCAAAGGCUCCAGCUCUGACAACUGCACCAGCGACUCCAGCCAGCCUCCAGAUGAGCUGGAGCUCAUCUCCCGGCACGCCAAGGAGUACCUGCAGGGCAUCCUGAGCACCAGACUCCUGCCCGCGGCCUACGUGCUCAUCAUGGCCGUGGGCAUCCCCUCCAACGCCUUCAUCGUGGCGUGCCUGAGCGGGCGCGCGCGGACCUGUUCGGGCGCCGUGCUCUACCUCAGCCUGGCGACCUCCGACCUCCUGCUGCUGGUGGUGCUGGCCUUCCGCGUGCACUACCACCUCCACGGCAACGACUGGGUGUUCGGCGAGGCCGCCUGCCGCCUGGUCACCGCGUGCUUCUACGGCAACGUCUACUGCUCGGUGCAGGCGCUCAUGUGCGUGAGCGUCAUGCGCUACCUGGCCGUGGCGCGGCCCUUCCUCUACAAGGGCCUGCCCAAGCGCUUCUGCGCCACGCUGGCCACCGUCGUCGUGUGGCUGGCGUGUGGCGCCGCCAUGGCACCGGAGCUGCUGGUGCGCCACAGCUACCAGCUGCGCGGGCUGGAGAUCACCACCUGCCACGACGUGCUGCCCUACUCCGAGGGGCCCUACACCUUCCUGGUGCCCUACCGCCUGGGCAUGAUCGUCGCCGGCCUGCUGGUGCCGGCGGUGGUCAUCGCCUUUGCGUACGGCUCCAUCGUGCGCCACCUGGGCCGCUCCAGCUGCGACUGGUCGCUCUACGUCAGGGCCAGCACCCUCAUCUUCGUCAUCUUCGUCCUCUGCUUCACGCCCUGCGCCGUCAUCCACGUCCUGCACUACGUCAAGCUGUACACGGCCCUGCAGGACCACUUCUACAGCUAUUACGGCAUGGCGGUGUGCCUGUGUUGCUUCCACAGCUGUCUGGACCCUUUCCUCUCCUACAUCCUGUCCAGGACCACCACCUCCAAGCUGCACGUUGUCAGCAUCAGGAAGAAGCCCGUUGGGAUGUCUGUGUUUAUCUGAACUUCUAAAAAGCCACAUGGGCGUUUGCCUCUCGGCGGAUGUGGUGGGAUGGACGAUAGGUCAACACAAAAUGUCCCUAAACAAUGCACGUCGUCUCGGAUGGAAACAUUGUGUGCUGCGCUAUUAUAGGAAACCAAAACAAGCCAGUGCGUUGCAACUGCUUCCGAGCAAAAUGGCUGCCUUUCUCAACAAAACAUACACUACUCACAAAAAAAGUUAGGGACAUUUGGAAUUUACAGAAAAUGCAUUCAAGCUACAUUGGUAUUAUGUCAUGAAAGUAGAAGCACGCAAUAUCCCUGACUUUUUGUGAGCAGUGUAAUUACGCAACCAGAGAAAAGCCAAGGUACUUUAUGCCAAAGGACAGGUUUUAGCAAGCAUAUCAUUUCAGCCUCUAUGCUAAAUCUUCCUGUCAACACUGGACUGUUAACAGCCAUCUUUGUAUCCUGAGGCAAAUGUUCUCAUCACAUAAACUUAAUGUGUAUAUUUGCAUUGUAAAUAUGUCAAUCUCCUUCAUCAAAUUGUAUAACCUUGUGUGUGUGUGUGUGUGUGUAUGUGCAUGUGUGUGUGUGCGUGUGCGUGUGCGUGUGCGUGUGCGUGUGCGUGUGCGUGUGCGUGUGCGUGUGCGUGUGUGUGUGUGUGUGUUUGUGUGUGCAUGUGUGCAUGUGUGUGGGUGUGCAUGCAUGAUUGUGGCUAAUUUCCCUUCAGAGGGACAAUAAAAUAUAUAUUUUCC